UCGAUCUUUUUAUCUAGCUGAUAAUCACUCUGUUUAGUGAGAGGUGAUAAGGGGAGAAAUGUCGGACGUUGAGUCUGAAGGAUUUGAAGAUGAGCAAGUAUUUCAUGGAGAAUAUGAAGGUGAGCGGAAUGAAGCAGGUGAGAGGCAUGGUGCUGGGAGAGCAGUUCUGCCCAAUGGAGACAUCUACCAGGGAAUGUAUGAACAGGGGGCCAGAUCUGGAACGGGGACCUACAGAUUUAAAAAUGGGGCUCGAUACAUAGGGGACUAUAGAAUGAACCUGAAACAUGGACAAGGUGUUUUCUAUUACCCUGAUGGCUCCAAAUAUGAUGGCUCAUGGGUGGAGGACCAGCGUCAGGGUCAUGGGAUUUACACAUAUCCGAAUGGAGACAUCUACGAUGGGGAGUGGCACCAGCAUCAAAGACAUGGUCACGGUGUUUACACAUACAAUGAAACGGGGUGUAAGUAUGCUGGCACAUGGGUUAUGGGUAAGAUGGAGUCAGUGGGAGAGUUAAUCCAUUUGAACUACAAAUAUCAAGGCAACUUUCACAACAAUAAUCCCUUAGGUCCUGGGAAGCAUGUGUUUGAUGUUGGAUGUGAGCAGCAUGGGGAGUAUCUGCGGGUAGAUCAGGAUAAAGAAGAUGCAGAAGAGGAGGAACUUGUCAUUACCACUGCUUUGAAAUGGAAACCCAAAGCUUUGACCUGCUUAUCAACCAUCCAGUAACAUUAACCCAAGGCUUGUCUGAGGAGAAAAAGGCUAAGAUGCUUCAGGAAGAGACAGCACCAGAAACCAGUUAAUCAUUAAGGCAAAUGUGACUGGAAUAUAUGUAAGAAAUAACACAUGAAAGACUGUGCUGUUAUGUUGUGCUAUGGGCUGCGAUUAUUCUGUGCUUACGUUCUUACGUUAAGGCAUUUUAUAUUAAACAUCUCCUCCAAAAAUAGUUACUGGUUCCUUCUACUCUUAGGAUUCAGGACAUAUUAUUCUUGUAUAAUAUAAGAAUAUAUUAUUCUUAUAAUUAAGUAUAAUCCUUGUGUCAGAACUGAGCGCAGGAACUGAUCUGGGCAUGGGUACAGGACUUGAACUUGGCACACGCAUAAAAGUUAGGUAUGGGGCUAGAACUGGGCAUGAGCACGGAGUUGGAAUUUGGCACGAGCAUGAAGCUGGGUACGAGGUUUUAUCGAGAAGAAAUCUCAUAGCAUGGCACAGAACAAGAUUAAGGCAUCCCAUAGCAUGGAACAAGCAGCACUGCUUCCCUGCCCUCAGGACACAUUUUAUCAUCCUGACUGAAGGUACUGUACAGCGUAAUCGCAGGAGUUAAGAAAUUUAAUAUCAAACAUCCAUCAAAACCAAAAAAUGGAACUGUGCAAGAAAACUGUAAAACACCUAUGCAUUAACACAGGAAACACGAGCCAAUGACACAAACUUUAAAAUUAAAGUUUAAGGCACACUUAACAUAAACAAGUUUUAGAACUUAUUUCUAUAUAAUGAUAAAAAAUUUCAUUAAAUUAUUUCAUUAAACUUGUCAGGACUGACCGGCUCCUUUUCUUUUUUUCUAAAUAUGGAGAAGUAAUUCUUGCUGGGGUAUUGUGAUACAAUGCGAUGCAAAACGGAGUGCCGUUACAAAAUUAGGGUGGAACGUUUUGUAUAACCUCACAGUCUGGAAUGUGUUUUUCUGUAUAUAACACAGAACUUACUUUAUUAACAAAUGACACUUUUUAAACAGUUUAAAUUACCAGUAUGCAGAGCAGAACACCUAGUCUGUUACAAAGCACUGUCUUCCAUAAAUUAAUAAUAAAUGUCUCCUAUUAAUAAAACCUCACCACAUGAAAGAACCUAUGUUUUUCUUUGUUAAACAGCACUUCAACUGCUUAUUAGUCUUAGAUUCAGUGGACUGUGCACUCUGCAAUUAUAUGAGCCAGUGCUAUGGAAACAAUAACAUAAGAAUAAGCAGGGUAAUAUGCAUCUAUUUUUCAUGUCACAGCUGUCAGAGCCAUGCUGUUAUACAAAUAUAGUAAAUGAAAUAUCUUCUGACCAAUUAGAUUUAUGAGUUCAACCAUGUUGUGAUAUAAUAUCUGUAUAUUAACUCGUUAGUAAGAUUAUUUGUGUCUAUUGUCAAAUACUGUAUGUCAAGGCAGACUUCCUUUGGUUUUGUAGUUUCCUCCUAAUUCACAAAAACAUGCAGUAGGAAAAGUGGGAGGAAAAUUGUAGUAGGGGAAUGAGGCAAAAGAGAAUUAAAAUGGGAGGAGAAGGUUAGAAAAAAAGGGACGGUGUGAAAAUAUUAAUUUAGAUAAUUAGUCAUAUAUAUGAUUUAUAAUUAGAUAUUUCAUGCUGACUUCAUUACUGUAAUGAAGUCAGCAUAAAAUAUAUAAUUAAACAGUGUAUACAUAAGAUGAAACAGGCACACAGUGUAUUGUUUUAUAUGGUCUGCAGGGGGCAGUGUACACUAGAACACUUUUUUCAUUGCUCCAAUAGGUUUGUUUAUAUACAGUAUAUCCAGCCAAGGAUUAACUGCAAUAUAAUUGAAUAAUACUGUACAUUUAAUGGUUACGGAGAGUAAAAAUGCAACCAGCUAAUUAUUCAAGUCUGAAACAUU